CAGAAAAGUUUCAAAGAAUAUCAAAGAUAAACAUGAAAUAUUCUUCUAGAUGUUGUUGUCGAAAUCGGAAAAGAAAGUUUUUCUUUGUGAUCUUAAUAGUUAUUGUUGUCUUAGCGAUCAUAACAGGUAUUCUCAUUCCAACAGUUAUUAUUAGACAAGACAAAAGUCAAUCAAUAUCAAUAACUACAACAACAAGGACAAUAACAAAUACUACAACAAAGGUGACAACAACAACAAUAACACUAACAACUGGUACUACACCAACUACAACAACAGAAAAAGGUUUAAUAAAGCUUGUUGUGAAGAAUAAAGUGAAUGGUAUCUUUAAUACGACUAUAGGUGGUAAUAGUAUGAAAUCAACACCUGGUAAGGAUAUUGGUAACUAUAUAGAAAAAGAAUCACCAGACAAGGCAUGUGAUGGGAAUUUAAAAACAAAAUAUGUUAGCUUUGGUGAGUGUCGGCAAGGAGGUAAUAGGAAGUAUUGUGGUUUGAAGA